GGGGGCGGAGCGGCACAGCUGGGGUGUCUCGUGGCGGAGGGACACACACAUCUUCCCCCACUCUGAGCAGCGCGUGAGCGGCUAACGGGAGCUCAUCCUACCGGGGUCUGUCUGGAGGAAAACUGCAUUUAUCGCACCGGGAAUUAAUUGCACAGGGGAGACUCCGCGCCCGGUGGGUCAAAUCUGGACGAUCACUUGAUUCUGGGUAACGCGAAGGAAGGAAAACUAAGGAAAACUUGGGAAGCACGCAGAGAAAAGCAACAAAAGGCCACAUCUGUCCAGUCCUGUAUCCCAGCAGCCUUUGCCCUGCCUCAGGAGAGAGAUGAAUCAGUUGGUGUCUUUGCACAUGUCACAGAGUUAAAUGUUAGUGCUACCGGAGCGUACAGUGCUGGGCUGGCUGAAGAGGAAAAAGAGGGAAGGAGGAGAGGGUGAUCGGGAAGAGGGCCAAACAUGUCUCUGUGGAUGAUCCUGCCGGUCAGCCUGCCGGUCCUCACCAUCACGGGGAUAUGGGUCGUGUACGCCAUGGCCCUGUACAACCAGCACGUCUGCCCUGUGGAUAACUGGCUGUACAACCAGUCAUGUGAAGAGGAGCUGUAUUUGCAGAGCGGCCCGACACUGUGCUGCACUCUGGACCAUGUCCCUCUCAUCAGUAAAUGUGGGACUCUUCCCCCAGAGAGCUGCUUCUUUAGCCUCAUCUGCAGCACAGGGUCAUUCAUGGUGAUGGUGAUUGUGCUGCUGCGCUACGCCCAUGUGAUCGAGAAGCACCAGAACUGUGUGCUGAACACAGCCAGUCUGUCCACAGGCUGGAUCUGUGCGGCCGGCCUCAUCAUGGUCGGGAACUUCCAGGUGGACAAUGCUAAAGUGUUGCAUUACGUGGGCGCUGGAGUGGCCUUCCCCACCAGUAUGCUGUUUGUGAGCCUGCAGUCUGCGCUGACGUACCGCCUCGCCAAGACCCAGGCCGAGUACUGCGUGGGACACCUCCGAGCCAGCAUGACCCUGCUGGCCUUCAUCGCCCUGGUGCUCAGCGGUGUCUUCUUCGUCCAGGAGAGUUUCGUCCUGCAGCACGCGUCGGCCAUCUUUGAGUGGGUGUUCUGCGUCACCGUCAUGCUCUUCUACGGGACAUUUGCCUUUGAGUUUGCUGGCAUGUCGGGGGACACAGUGGCGGUGUUGGCCCGGGGAGGAGGGACAGGGGUGAUUGACCAUAAAGUGGAUGCCCUGGGACCCCUGCCCCCUCUCACCCUGCCCCACCCACAUCCACCUGAGAGCCUGUCCAUCCUCUGAGCACCGUGCCUUUGACUCACUGUCGCACUGUUCGCAUUUUGCACAUUGCCCAAGUUGAAAACCAAAAUGUCCGACUUGUUUGUCCAAUCACGUGCCAAAUCCAGAGCAGCUGUCCUUCAAAGUAUCAUGAAGAAGUGAGUGGAUUAUACAAAAGACUGCGGAGGCUGCUGGUCGGCCCGAGCUAUGACAGUAUUAACCACAGAGACAGAGGAGCAAAGUCAUCUGGUUACGACCACACAAUCAACGCAAUAAAUGCACCACAUUUCUGCAUAAGCUUGGAUAUACAGCACUGUUCACACUGUUCGUUCCACUGUUCAAAACUUAAUGGAGAGAUUAUCAAUAGUCCUGAAAAGCUGAACAAAUUCUUCUCAAUGUUUAACAAAGAAUUGUGUGCCUCUCAAGCACCUACAGUAUAAAGAAUACAAACACAAGCUUUAUGUUGUCUUGGCUGACGAGUCGCCAUGACAAUUACUGUACCCCAUGUAUUUUACAAGGAUGGAAACAGUUGGUUUACAUUAGCAAAAUGACCUGGAGAAGUUGCGUGUGCGAUUCUAGGUGGUCUGUCGAGGUUCCAGUGUUGGGCAACACGUGAGCUGACAGUGUGCCAAGAGCGUGCCAAAUGCUGCUUCGUAAUAGACGUUGAAUGCUUGUCCAGUUUUGUUUUGUUCACAAUGGUUGGACAAACUGUAUGGAAGUUCAGUCAAAGUUAAGCUGAGUAGACGCACAGUUAAACACCGUUCACUUAUGCUGCCGAUCUAUGCCAAAGUCAUGUGACCAAUAGAACCUGGGGCCAGCAGAACGAAAUAGUUAAUUGUGAUGUCACUUCCGAGUCCGUGAACUGAUUGGAAAAACAAUGAAUAUGUUUACAAUUUCCUUUUUUUAAAAUGACAACAGAUCUCACGUUAGAAAGCGAUCACAGUUGUUUAAAUCUAACCAGGUCAUAAGCAUGGAUCUGUGGAUAUAACUGUGAUGGAGAGUGUGCGAAGAAGCUCGUGUUAGCAGGGACCAGCCGUUAGUGUAUGUUACAUAUUUGAUAUAAUUUGUGGUUAAACAUACAACAUAUGAUGUUUUCUCUUGUUUGAUGAAAUAAGGAACAAGAACAAAGCUAAAAAUCAGCAGUGAAGUUUCUAGUUGGACCCGGAAGUGACAUCAUCACUUAACAACUCUAUAACAGCCUACCUGUCGCACUGGUCCUUUACACAAAUGGCCUUAAUAUUCUCUCUGGAGUAGAACUUGAAUUUGAUCUAAUUAGAGACAGAAUCAGUGUUGUCAUAUCAAAGUAUAUAAGCUUUGUAUGGGGAAAAAAAAUCCUUGUAAAGCUUUUUAAUCCUAAGUACAAUUGUAUUAAAACUAUUAAUUUAAAUGAGAGGGUUAGGGGUUUAUUCUACUUUAUUUUAAUAUUGGGCCAGUUAGGGUUAAGCUGGUUGAGUGCCCCCCAGUGGCGUUCAACUGUAUAAGAAGCACUCACAAGUCAUAGUUUCUGAUGUCAAAUGCUAAAUAGUAGUAGUAAUAGUUCAUAUUUAUCAGUAUUACUACAAUGUUACAGUUUGCAUCCAAAUGAUCUCUGCUAACUUUUCGAGUGUUACUGUUUAUCACACAAGAUUUCACUCCAAUUCUAGUCUUCUCUUUGAAAUUAGGUCAGAACAGCCAAGUAAGACUUGUAGGCCUAUAAAAUGUCUUUUAAUUGUAUAAGAAUGCUGCCAUCCCACUCGGUCACUGCCACAAGCUGUUUUAAAUGUGUCCUAUUGCCUGUCUCUCAUGUUUGCACUCAGGAAAGUGUCCCAUCACCAGCCAGAGUCCAUCCAAAGUGGAGAGACUCACUGUUCUCUUGAAAGGACCUUGUUUUUAGUCAAAUCGGUUUGGUUUGUAUAUUUGCGUUCUGUAGAAUAGCUGCUGCCGCUCUGUUCUCGUAGCUAUAAUAUAUUAGAUUAUUUUUGUUAAUCGUGAUCAUGCCAAGCUACUUUGUAAACAUUCCAGGGUGGAGGCGUAGCUAGAAUGCUGAUGCUUCUGCUGACAUAAUCAUAGUUAAACAUAUAUAUAUAAAUAGUUACUUUAUUCUUGCAAUCAUUAAUGGAAGCAUUGUGAUAUUUUAACCACUUUCAGAUGUGUACCGGUAUACUGUCCAAAUGCUCCUAUGUGCCUUACUUUUAUAAAACCAAAGACAUAGUUUUGAAAUCUAUAAAUAAACAUGAUUGUAUGUCUAUUUGCCUUAAGGUUCAAUAAAUAAUAAAAUAAAAGGCUUAUUUAGUCUUUCCUAUAAUG